CACACACACCGCACUGCGAAUAACUUUCCCCAAACUUUUCUCAGAUGGAAGUGGCGGAAGCUCUCAAGUAAGGUUUCACGUUUUGAAAACGGUGGUGUACUUGCAUGAUAUCCUGUUUGCCAAACUCAAAAGCUCUGGAGGAUUGCUCUGCGCAUGAGUUAAUUACACAGAGGGAUGGACGAGGAGCGGGCCGACUCCUCUCUUGACUUGAGCCACUUGACAGACGAGGAGCAGUCCACCAUCCUGCAGGUCUUGCAGCGUGACUUGGAGUUGCGUCAGCGCGAUGAAGGACGUGUAAGGGUUCUCGAGGAGACAGAGAAAGACCCGACACGUUUGCGCUUCCUGUCAGGAGAAUGGUUCACUGAGGAGCGCAGCAAACGUCAUCGCAACCGGACAUCGGCCUACUCGCUUGUCCACGCCACCAUCCGCCACAGGAAGACCAAGAACAGAGAUGUGCCACUGAUUGGACUGUUCAAUGGAGAGAAAGAGGAAACCUCACACAACAAUAACACCUCUCCUGAGGCGGAGAUAAGACUGAAGGACAUCAAAGUAGAGAAGAGCGAAGGGAAUCAAGAAAGUUUGAAACCUGAACCCACACCCAGAACAAAAAGUCCCGCACCACAGAAUCUCCUGAGAAAUAGUUCCUCUUCAUCCAAAGAGUGUGAAAGGAGAAGUAAUGGCCACUCGGAGGAACUUGAGGAGGACUUUGACGGUCACAACGGGGACACUGACUCUCUGAGCAGCAGCCUGACAGAGCCGGAUCCAGCUUCUCUGAAAACCAGCAGCUCCAAUGGCAGCCUCUAUACGCUCAGUGGAAGCAUGAUGAGUCUGUUCAGCUCAGGGGACUUCGGAGUGGUGGAUGUGAGGGGCCGCAUCCAAUUCUCAUUGGUUUACGACACCCAGAGGGAGGAGCUGCUUGUCAAAGUGUAUCGCUGCGAGGACAUAGCUCCAGCACGCAAGAAUCGGUCUGACCCAUACGUUAAAACCUAUCUCUUGCCAGACAAGUCGAGUCACAGUAAGAAGAAAACUGCAGUGAAGAAGAAGACACUAAACCCUGUCUAUGAUCAGACACUCAGAUAUAAAGUGCGGGUUGGAGAGCUGCGCAGCCGGACGUUGAACCUGUCUGUGUGGCAUGCCGAGCCCCUGGGCCGAAACGUAUUCCUUGGGGAGGUGGAGGUGUCUCUGGGUGUCUGGGACUGGACCUGCACUCAGCCCCUGUGGCAGGACCUACACCCACGGGUUCAUUUGAAUCCAGACUCCAUCAGCAGUCGCGGGACAAUCUUGCUCUCUAUUAAGUUCAUCCCAGAUGGAUUUGAGGGUGGUGGACUGCCUCUUACAGGGGAGCUUCACAUCUGGCUUCGGGAAGCUCAAGGUCUCCUGACCAACAAAGGGGGCGCUAUAGACUCUUUUGUCAGAAGCUACAUACUCCCAGAUGCCAGUCGACAGAGUGGUCAGAAGACACGGGUGGUGAAGCGCUCCGUCAGCCCUACCUACAACCACACCAUGGUGUAUGAUGGCUUCCACACCAGCGACCUCAGAGAGGCCUGCGCUGAGCUGACAGUAUGGCAGCGCGAAGGGUUGAAGCCGCGCAUCCUAGGAGGGAUUCGUCUGAGCUGUGGAGCUGGUCUGAGUUACGGGGAGCCCGUCAGCUGGAUGGACUCUACAGAGGAGGAGGUCGCUGUGUGGACCUCCAUGAUCGAACACCCAAACCACUGGAUCGACGCAUCACUAUCAAUCAGAACUAACCUCACACACCGGACCGACUGACUGAGACACACCUUGUUCACAAACACAUGUUCAAAUAAUGGUUGGACUGAAAGGACAUCCUCAGCACAUUUAACCUCUCUGUCACAAUGUUGGUUUUUCAUACAUACAAACACUCAUGAGUCAGUAGUGGUGCAAUUGUCAAUUAUUGGUGUAGAUCUGACAUAUUUAGUUUUGAAACCAAAUCGGUCUGCAUUUCAAAUGUUUUACUUGUAUUUUUUUGGUUUAGUCUGUGUCUUUUCUGACAAAAUUGUUGUAAUCUAUUGUAGUUUAUUAAUUCAAUAGCAAUGAUGAACUGAUGAACUGUGCAGGGUUCCACUUUUCUUACUAAAUUUAUAUAUUACAUGAAGGAGACAAAAAUGGAGAGAUUAUUUCAAUAAAUUAAUAACCACA